CCACUUAAACUCCAGACUCACUGGCAGGGGAAACUUUAACGUGAAGUGCUGCAUUGGUUUGUCCUAGGGAGGGGAGUUUUCUUCUCUUUUCCCUUCUCCCUCCCUGAACACUGAAGACUGUAGCAGCAGUCUCCUUUUAAUUUCUCUGUGAACUUGCCUGAAGCUUAUAAAAUUUUUCUGAGUACUUUAAGAAGCAUUGGGAGAUGCUCUUAAACAGAGUUGUGGAAAAGAGCAGCAUAAAACAGACAGCAGAGAUGAAGCACGCCUUGCAGAUGGACUAAGACAGCCCUGGGAUCCUGGCAAGCAGUUCCUUCCCUGCAUUCUCUGAGCGCUUCACAGUAUUAGCAAGUCUCUUGCAGCAGUGGAUUGUCUGUGAAAUCAAAACCAGUUUGGCUCUUUCAGAUCUUGCAUCAUUAAUUUAAACUAUCUAUGUGGAGUAAAAAUGGCUGUCUAGAGCAAAAUGUGUAAGACAGAAAAAUUUUGGAGAAGAAGGUAUUGAAUCAGUUGAACAAAGCUUCGAAGCAUUAAAAUCUGCAGAAAUCAUCAAGCUCUGAGAAAUAUAAUCAUGAAUUCUGGAGUUGCUAUGAAAUAUGGAAAUGAUUCCCCUGCAGAGCUGAGUGAGCUUCAUUUAGCAGCCCUGGCUUCAUUAAAGGGAGACAUUGUGGAGCUUAAUAAACGUCUACAACAAACAGAAAGGGAGCGUGACCUGCUGGAAAAGAAAUUGGCAAAAGCACAGUGUGAACAAUCCCACCUAAUGAGAGAACAUGAAGAUGUGCAGGAGCGAACAACACUACGCUAUGAGGAACGAAUCACAGAGCUGCACAGUAUCAUUGCUGAACUAAAUAAGAAAAUUGAUCGACUGCAGGGGACAACAAUAAGGGAAGAAGAUGAGUAUUCAGAGCUGCGGUCAGAGCUCAGCCAAAGCCAGCAUGAGGUUAACGAAGACUCACGCAGCAUGGACCAGAAUUCUGUUUCGGUACCAGAGAAUCAGUCCACCAUGGUCACUGCAGACAUGGAUAACUGUAGUGACUUGAAUUCUGAACUCCAAAGAGUGCUGACAGGUCUGGAAAAUGUUGUCUGCGGAAGGAAGAAAAGCAGCUGCAGUUUAUCGGUAGCAGAAGUGGAUAGACAUAUUGAACAACUCACUACCGCCAGUGAACAUUGUGAUUUAGCCAUUAAGACUGUAGAAGAGAUUGAGGGUGUACUGGGACGUGACCUUUAUCCAAAUCUAUCUGAAGAGAGAUCUCGAUGGGAAAAGGAGCUAGCUGGCUUGCGGGAAGAGAAUGAGAGCCUCACAGCCAUGCUAUGUAGCAAAGAGGAGGAGCUGAACAGGACCAAGGCUACCAUGAAUGCUAUUCGUGAAGAAAGGGACAGACUGCGUAGAAGGGUUCGGGAACUGCAGACACGUUUGCAAAGUGUGCAGGCAACAGGCCCAUCCAGCCCAAGUCGUCUUACUUCUGCCAAUCGACCUAUUAACCCCAGCACGGGAGAGCUGAGCACAAGCAGCAGUAGCAAUGACAUUCCCAUAGCCAAGAUUGCUGAAAGAGUGAAACUGUCAAAGACAAGAUCAGAGUCUUCAUCAUCUGAUAGACCUGUCUUAGGAUCAGAAAUCAGCAGCAUAGGGGUGUCUAGUACUGUGGCUGAACAUUUGGCACAUUCCCUACAAGACUGCUCAAACAUCCAGGAAAUCUUCCAGACUCUUUAUUCACAUGGAUCUGCUAUCUCUGAAAGUAAAAUCCGAGAAUUUGAAGUGGAGACAGAGAGAUUAAAUAGCCGUAUUGAGCACUUGAAGUCCCAGAAUGACUUGCUGACAAUAACACUGGAAGAGUGCAAGAGCAAUGCUGAGAGGAUGAGCAUGCUUGUUGGGAAGUACGAGUCCAAUGCCACAGCCCUUAGGCUUGCACUGCAGUACAGUGAACAGUGUAUAGAAGCAUAUGAGCUGCUGUUGGCACUGGCAGAAAGUGAGCAGAGUCUCAUUCUUGGGCAGUUCAGAGCUGCAGGUGUUGGUUCUGUUGGGGACCAGACAGGUGAUGAAAACAUCACUCAGAUGCUUAAGAGAGCUCAUGACUGCAGGAAGACAGCUGAGAACGCAGCAAAAGCCUUGCUGAUGAAACUAGAUGGAAGCUGUGGGGGAGCCUAUGCAAUCACUGGCUGUAGCGUGCAGCCCUGGGAAAGCCUGUCAUCCAACAGCCACACAAGUACUACCAGCUCAACUGCAAGCAGUUGCGAUACGGAAUUUACAAAGGAGGAUGAGCAGCGGCUGAAGGAUUACAUCCAGCAGUUGAAAAAUGACAGGGCAGCAGUGAAACUGACAAUGCUGGAGCUGGAAAGCAUCCACAUUGAUCCCCUUAGUUAUGAUGUUAAACCUCGUGGAGACAGCCAGAGGCUAGACCUGGAAAAUGCGGUCUUGAUGCAGGAACUUAUGGCAAUGAAGGAGGAGAUGGCAGAGCUCAAGGCACAGCUUUACUUGCUAGAGAAGGAGAAGAAGGCGUUGGAAUUGAAACUGAGCACGCGAGAGGCCCAGGAACAGGCGUACCUCGUCCAUAUUGAGCACUUGAAGUCUGAAGUGGAAGAGCAAAAAGAGCAGAGAAUGAGGUCUCUCAGCUCAACCAGCAGUGGAAGCAAAGACAAAUUGGGCAAGGAAUGUAAUGAUGGCACCGCAGCACCGUUAACACUAGCUGAGCUGAGACCAUACGAUGAGAGUGAACUGACUGCUGAACUGACAAACGCACUCAGGCGGGAGAAGAAACUGAAAGCUAGAGUGCAAGAGUUAGUGAGUGCCCUGGAGAGACUCACAAAGAGCAGUGAAAUUAGACAUCAGCAGUCUGCAGAAUUUGUUAAUGACCUUAAAAGGGCAAACAGCAACUUGGUAGCAGCAUAUGAAAAAGCAAAGAAGAAGCAUCAAAAUAAGCUGAAGAAACUGGAAUCACAAAUGAUGGCCAUGGUGGAGAGACAUGAAACACAAGUCAGGAUGCUCAAACAGAGAAUAGCUUUACUAGAAGAAGAGAACUCUAGACCACACACCAAUGAAACUUCACUUUAAAUUAAUCUCUUUCAAAGAUGCUUAGUGCCAUUACAAAUUUUUUUUGGAGGCUUUUAGGUAGCUUCUGUCAACACUGACACACUUAAGCACCUUCUCUGGGAUCCUAGAGAGGUGCCAUGGGGAUAAUAUAAGUGUUAACCUUAAGGACUGUUUCAUAAUACAAAAUGGCAGUGCCUAAAUAGUUGUGCUAUAAUUAUGUACAUUGUCUGUGUCAUUAUAUCUGUAUACAUACAUCUUCUUUUCCAUUUUAUGUGUGUCCCAUGGGUGACAGUGUCACAUAGCAAAAUAAUUGAUGUUAAGAGGUUUUAAUUUGGGCAGUUUGGAGAUAGUUUGAGUUUUCCAAAUCCCUGAGCUCCCACUCCACACAACUCUGUAUUGUACCAUCAAGACUUGCUGCAGAAUUAGAUGAUAUGCUGGCUUGCUUUUCUGCACCAUACUUGCUCACAGUGCAGAUCAGGUAGGAAAACUGUUGAUUUG